AUGGCUAAGGUUGUAGCGGCGACAGAAUCAGAGGUGGCAGUUGUAGCAGCGGGGUGUGAGGAUCUCUGGGAAGUAUCACAGAAACUACUCCCCAGGGCGCUGGAGGGAUGGGUAGCAGUACAGUCCACACAGUGGCCAGACUCAGCAGCAAAAGGAGGAUGCCCUGAAACAGCAGCACCCGCGGCAGCAGCGCGGGCCUUAUCAGAUGAUCGCGCGCGUGAGCAAUCUGGCGGACAAUCUUUCGUUCGUGAGGACCCGAGAAGGGGACGGAUCCCCCCCGAACCAAAUCUUUGGCUUCAUGCUGCUGCUGCUGCUGCUGCUGCUGCUGCUGCUGCUGCUGCUGCUGCUGCUGCUGCUGCUGCUGCUGCUGCUGCUGCUGCUGCUGCUGCUGCUGCUGCUGCUGCUGCUGCUGCUGCUGCUGCUGCUGCUGCUGCUGCUGCUGCUGCUGCUGCUGCUGCUGCUGCUGCUGCUGCUGCUGCUGCUGCUGCUGCUGCUGCUGCUGCUGCUGCUGCUGCUGCUGCUGCUGCUGCUGCUGCUGCUGCUGCUGCUGCUGCUGCUGCUGCUGCUGCUGCUGCUGCUGCUGCUGCUGCUGCUGCUGCUGCUGCUGCUGCUGCUGCUGCUGCUGCUGCUGCUGCUGCUGCUGCUGCUGCUGCUGCGCUCUCUCACUCGCACGCGCACUCUCACUCGCACGCGCUCUCUCACGCACACACGCUCUCUUACGCGCAUGCGCUCUCUCACACGCUCUCUCACGCGCACUCUCACGAGCACUCUCACACGCUCUCUCACGCGCUCUCUCACGCGCUCUCCCACGUGCUCUCUCACGUGCUCUCUCUCACGCACUCACUCACGCGCUCUCUCACGCGCUCUCUCACGCGCACUCUCACUCGCACUCUCACGCGCACUCUCACGUGCACUCUCACGCGCACGAGCUCUCUCACGCGCACGCGCUCUCUCACGCGCAUGCGCUCUCUCACGCGCUCUCUCACCACUCUCUCACGCGCUCUCUCACCACUCUCUCACGCGCUCUCUCACGCGCUCUCUCACGAACACUCUCACGCGCAUGCGCCCUCUCACACGCACUCUCACGAGCACUCUCACGCGCACGCGCUCUCUCACGCGCUCCCUCACGCACUCUCUCACGCGCUCUCUCACGCUCUCCCUCACGCGCACUCUCACGCGCGCUCUCACGCGCACUCUCACGCGCGCUCUCCUGCGUGUUCGCUCCCGUGUACAUGCUCUCCCUCGCGCUCCGUCUCUCCCCUUCUUCGAAUGAAAUGGGGGAAGGGAGGAUGA